UUUGUUGCGUCUUCUUUGUUAGGAAUAGACUUUGCAAUCCAAACAAGCAAGCAGAGGUAUUAGCCUUCUCGCUAGCCCCUUCCCGGCCAUUACAAAAGCGCCAUUUUCCCCACCGCCUCCUUCCCUCUUCCCACUACGCGUACAUACUGAGUUACUCUUUUGUCGCGUGUACGCCGACAGGCGCUCUAUUCCUCCUUCAGUUACGACUACGACAUUUGACGACUCCAUCAAGCCGAUAUUGUACAAUAUUGUACACUCUAGACGCGCCGCGUCUCUCUAUCUUCCUACGUGCUUGCCUGGCGAUCCGUUGAUCACCUGUCUACCCUGAUCCUCGCCUGAUUCCCACUUUGAAGAAUAAUGACGACCCUUACCUCCCAGCCACAGGCAGUCGGGUCCCAGCUGCACCAAUCGCUCUCUGCUACGCACGAUUAUGAGUAUGACCCUCCAGAGUCACCACUCUCUUCCUCUUCCUUUAUACAAGGAGACGCAGAGAUGGAUCAGGAUCACGCAAACUUUUAUUAUCAGCAACAACAGCAAGCUAUACUCUACCAGCAACAUCAUCAAGAAAACGGACUCGAACCUGGUGCAGCACGAAUGGCAGCAAGGCACGCAAGGCUGGGCGCAGAUGGUGACAGUGAUGACGGGUUCAGCGAUGAAGAGAGUGACUCGGACAGCAUGCCUGAUGAAAGUAUCGACUUUAGUCUGACCUAUGCUCUGCAUACAUUCUUGGCAACUGUGGAAGGGCAAGCUUCCGUCGUCAAAGGCGACUCUCUUGUCCUCCUCGACGACGCGAACUCGUACUGGUGGCUCGUGCGCGUCCUUAAAACAGAAGACGUAGGUUAUAUUCCCGCGGAGAAUAUCGAGACCCCCUACGAGCGUCUAGCGAGGCUCAACAAGCACCGUAAUAUCGAUCUCGCUGCUGCAACAUUGACAGAGAAGCAGCUCGGCGAAAUGCAGUCUAGAGAAAAGCUCAAAGGCGCAAUCGCUGCGAAGGGGAGAAGCGCGAGACAAGGCUCCAGCGAAGGGUCAGAAGAAAGCGGCGCUAGAAGAGUUGUGUUUGCUCCGCCGACAUAUGUUGACCAUCCUGGUGUUACCUGGAGCUCAGAUGAAGAAUCCAGUGAAGGAGAGCAUGAGCCUGACGAGGCUGAGGGACAAGAAGACGGACAUGAGGAUCAGAUUGAAGAUGAGAAAUUUGCUCAAGAAGUCAUGGACGUGGAUCAGAGUAUGGAUGAGAUGGAACCAGACGAUGGCAUCGAGUGGGCGGAUGAUGCGGCCGAAAGAGAAAGACAGAAAGCUUUGGACCAACGCGUUCAAGCACAAGUCCAACAAAAUAGUGUACAACCAAAGUCCAACAAUCCUUUUGCGCCUCCACAAGUAAAAUCAAACACGCCUGCCGAUACGGUCUCGAUUGACCGCCCAGGAGAUUCGACCACCUCUCUCGUAACUUCUAAUGGCAAUCCUACCCUCGACCCUGCAGUUGCUGCUUCUGACACUAGGAGGGUUACUGCUACUCCUGCAGUCGCAAACAGUCCACUUCUACCUUCCGCUGUGGUUCAACAGAGCCAGCGUAAAGUCAGUAACCAAUCGACGUCUUCCGUCUAUUCUGCAAUCUCUGCAAGCUCAUCUGUGAGAAGUAGUACGCCAAAUUCUAUUACGAGCCCUGAAGAUAACAUGAAAAAGUCCAAGAAGGCGCGGAAGGGUAAAGACGAAGAAGGCGGCGAGAAGAAGAAAAAGGGCCUGCUUGGCGGACUGUUCUCUCGGAAUAAGAGCAAUAAGCCCAAGGGAAUUUCCAGCGGUGACACCAGAAGCUCCGAGGAGAGCACCGUGGAAGAAUUCUCCCAAGGAAUUGUCUAUGGACGAGAUACCUCAACCGGUAGUCUUACACCACAACAGCAAGCUGAACAUCCACAAUCAGGUGUUUCAACUCAUUCACUCAAACUUCAGCAGCAAGAUCAAGCCCGUAUGCAAUCCUACACCAACAAGUACCUCCGUUCACCUUCAUCUGGCCUUCAUUCUCCUUCCAAUGCUGAAGCUGCUGCUGCUGUCGCUCAAUCAGCAGCUGCCAUGCGCCUGACAGCAAGUAUGAACGGCACCGCCAAUGGCCGAUCAGCUAGGCCAAGCAGCAUCAUUGUGUCACCCAACCCUGACGGGCCGCCCUUGUUGAAUGUCAUUAGAAUCUUCGCAGGAACUAGAGUUCAGAGUGAGGCAUCGUUCAAAACAGCCCUGGUUAAUGAGACGACAAGUGCUGGUGACCUUAUUCGGCAGGCAGUGCAGAGAUUCCAUCUGAUAUCUCCAGCCGGCGAAGAUCCUGUCAAAAAUUACUUCAUCACCGUCAAGGACUUUGACGGCUCUGAGCUGGAGCUCUCCCCGACUGAAAAGCCUCUUGUCCAGUUCCAGAAUGCUGUAGCUCGAUGGACAUCCGGGGAAACAGAGGCGGACGAGCUCGGUAAAAUUCUUCACGAGCGGUUAGGUGCUAUCACUCCUACCGUAAACAGAGAGAGUGUGAGCAGCAUCUCGAGUGUACUCAGUCUUUCAAAUCAUCCUGCCAUCAAAAAGCUAGGCAUGGAUUGGGAGGAUGACUCUGCCGUUAAACUAUACCUUAACAGGCGAGUGCCAGGUGGGCAGGAGGAAACUCAACAAGAAAUGAGAGGACUAGUAGAAGCGAGCCAGAAGGGGGUGUCAGAGGCGCAAAGCGAGUUCUCAAGUUACAGCACAGGCUUAUCGACCGUGCAUGAAAGCCCAGAUGCGCCGGGCGGAGUUCUGUUUCCUGCAAUGUCCCAGAAUGAAAGUAAGAACCCCCAUCUCACGAUAUCCACCUCCUAUCAGGGUCCUGCAGAAAGAUAUCUAUCCCCAUCGGCGAAAUUCACACUUCAGCUUCUCCUUCACCCGUCUGACCUACCUGAUGGGGUCGCAUUUGACCCAUCAUCUGAGUCACUGGUUCCCCGUCCUCAUAUGCCAUCCCCGUCUGUUGAAGAGCCUCGGAUGAAACUUUUCACGGUCCCACGUAACGCGAAUGUAGUGGAUGUUAUCGAACAAGGAUUAGAAAGGUUUGGCGUCCAAGAAGGUGUAGUGGAUGGUGGCGAUGAGGUUGAGGACAAAGUUGGGAAAAGAAGGAGUAUGACUAGGGUUAGAUAUUGUCUGGGUGUCAUUAUCGACGGGAAAGAGAGACAGCUUCCAACUUCAUCCAAGAUAUUGGAGGCUUAUCCCUCCCCUCCGAUGUUCAAGCCUAUGGAGAAAAGCACGCCCGAAAGCCGACGACGUUCUAGAGAUCUCAGUUCACAUCUGGGGUCCAUGGGAGAUAUUAGAGAGAGCGACCCUAUUUUCGUGCUUCGUAAGGUUGGGCCUCGUGGGCUUGCGGGCGCAAUGAUCGAUGGUCUGAAGGCACCUGCGUUGGCUACACCGUUGACGAGUGCGACGCUCUCCACUACCUCUUCUGGUCCACGCUCCCCCGCUGAGAUUAUCGCGGCCCAACGUGCAGCUUCUCGUUCUCGUCAACUCUCCAUCUUGUCGAAGACCAAUAAAUCUGAAGGCGUGGAUGUCGUACUUCCAUCUUCUCAGGGGACUUUCCGCUCCACGAAGCAGGUAGAUGAAAAAGGAAGCCGUGUUAUGAGAUAUAGCUAUAUCGACGAGGGCGGAGAGAUGUAUGAUAUCUCAGAGCUUUUGGAGCAGGAGUGGGGCAAAGGCAAGGUAAAGGCGAUUGAAGAAGAGGGAGAAAAGGAAGAGUUCGGCAUGAGCUUGGUGGGAAAUGGAAAGAAUGGGCCGCCGGGAUUGUUGAGACAAAUGACAGAUACAUCGAAUUAUUACACAGCACCAAGUACGCCCCAACCUGGUGCCGAUCUUGACAUCGACGAGGUCGAAAUUUUAGAUGACUCGCGACCCCGCUCCCUGGAAAGGAGCGAAGAAGAUCUUUUGCAGACUGCUGUCCAGCGGGCUAGUCAAGAUGGUCAGUCUGCUGGACUGGAAGAAGCGUUGAAAAGGGUGUUAAGUCGAGUGAAAGAAGGUUCUAGUAAGGGCAGUACAGGUCCAGAGGAUGUUGUCCGAUCCCAAAAUGGCACGCCAAAUGGAAGAGUGACGCCGCAGCAGACCAUGGUGGUUGACCCACAGGCUACUCCACGCGCAUCAGGCCAUCAGUAUCAACAGAACAGCCACGCCCUUGAUCAAUCUCGUUCUAAUUCUCGUCAAACAAACCGCGAAUAUGACGACACGGCGACGAGCGUCAACCGCAUCAUUUCUCGGCACCGACAACAUCCCUCUAUUGCUUCCAUCAUGUCAGAUAUUGAAUCGAACAGCGGAUCACUCCGUUCUCGCGAGUAUUCUGCUGAGCCUCGAAGCAUUAGUGAUGUGGAUGAGAACACCGACACCGAUCUUGAAGGAUCAGGUUCGGGCUAUGAGGCGAACUUCAAUGACCGCAGUUCCACACCCGCUACAGCUACGUCGUCUACGCAUCCCACUCCGCCAUUCAGUGGAGGAGCUUUUGUGUACACCCGUGCUGUGAAUACUUCUUCCCCGUCGCUCCGACUGCCCAUCAGCUACCAAGAUGACUUUGGAAUGAAGGAUAUGAUGGCAGUCAUCAAGACAAGGGCAAGAGAGUAUCGCCGUCCUCUUGUCAAACCCAAAUCAAAGGAAACUCGGAUGCGUAGUAGUUUGUCAAGCAAGGCUUCGUCACGGUCGGAUGAACGACCAGGGGCUAACUGGCAAGACGAUGAAUUGGUGGACGAAGUGGAUAGACAUUUCAUUGGAGAGAAAAUUGAUUGGGAUGAGGUCCAUCCGGAAAUCAGGGGGUGUUUCCAAGGCGUGCAAGAACGAUUGGACAAGUUUGACAGGGAGUUGGAUGAGCUGUUGGCCGAGGUCGGUGCUUUAGGAGCAUUAUGAAAAUGUACAUGACGGUAGUUUUCUCUUGAACGAAAGGGCAAUGUCAGUAUAGUGGUUACGAUAAUAGUAUGGUAUUGUAAACGUGUGAUAGGUUUCUCUGGCAGCUUAGUACUCAUAUUUUAUGAUGUGAUUCAACACGAGAUAAUGAC